GGAGUACAAGUACGACUUUGUGACAGUCCGUUCCGUGGUUGACGUGAGACUAGCAACCCUGUGCCCACCUGACCGCUUGUUAUACCUACUAAUAGCAUUGUAACCUGCAUCACUCAACAAACUAUUAGCACUGUCCACCUCCACCAACAUGGCGAUGAUUAUGUUGUCUCUCUUGACCUUUGCCUUAGUUGGGGUUCUCACUGAGGGUGUAAAAGCAGAGGACAUGUGGGCCUCGACCUGCCCCGACGCAGGGCUCAUCACACCCUGCGUGUGUACCGUGAUCGAUAAAACCCUCACUGAGAUGAACUGUUCGGCUAUAGCCAGCGAAGAGGAACUGGCGAAAGUUUUCAGCCAAAAAUUCACAGAAACUGGGUUCUUUACCCUUCACAUCGAGGCCAACCAUCACCUGAAGGUUCUGAGGGAGGGCGCCCUGGGGAACACCACUUUCCAGCACAUCAGAAUGUAUAAUGGUGCCCUGGAGAAGGUUGAGGAAGGAGCCCUGUCUGCCAGCACCUCUACGGUAACCCACCUUGACUUCUUCAACAAUAACCUCAAAUCUUUCCCCUACCACACCCUCCCGUCACUCACUAGGCUCGAGUACCUAGACCUACAGAUGAACAGCCUGCAGGGUUUCCCAGUGUUAUCGUCGGCAACUCUAACUACGCUGUAUCUCUCCUUCAACCCCCUCGGUGAACUGCCUGGAGACGCCUUCAUCAACACACCUGCUCUCUCUUAUAUCAACCUGAGAAAGACGGGGAUCAAGGAAGUACCUGCAGGAACUUUCACUGGUCUGCCAAUGUUAUCUGAGGUGGACUUAUGGGCCAACGAGGUGCAUGAACUGGUGGAAGGCGUCCUGGAAACCUCCUCACAGUCCUGGAUCUACUUAGCCAACAACAAUAUCUCCUCCAUUGCUCCUAAUUUCAUCACAGGUAUAACUUACGGUUUCAUAGACGUUAGCAGCAACAGACUGAGGGAGUUGAAAGAGAAGGUGUGGCAUCCGCUUCUGGACCAAGCUAUUAAACUGGAUGCUUCAAAUAAUCCUCUCAUCUGUAAAUGUGACAUUGCUUGGAUCAUCAGGAACUUCACCAUCUUGAGCUUCAUCGACCCGUACACCUCCUGUGAUGACGGCACGUACCUGGUGUACCUCGAGCCAAAUGAUUAUGCUCAGUGUUAACCCCUUCACCAAUUGUGAUGUAUAUUUGGUUACCGACAGAUGAUUUUCUUCAGCUGAGAGAGGAACCGAAACACUAGGGGCUAAAUAGACUAUGUUAACUAACCCCUUCACCAUAGGAAUGCCACUUCUGACAUUUUAUUUCGUAACGACAGAUGAUUUUCUUCGGCUCAGAGGGAAGCCUUUACACAAGGGGUUGUGGUCAAUUGUUUUCUCACUCACAACUUUCACUUGUUUUCUAAAGUACAUCCACUUUCUUUAGGUGUUUGGUGUUGGUGUGUAACAAUGGGUUUGGGAGAUAGUCUUAGAAUGUAUGUGUAAUUGAUUUAAUUUUAAGAUCUCAUGAAGACUAGGAACCUCUGCCUAUUUCACGUCAUUAAACAAACUCCCGUUAACCUAAUCACACCUAAUUUAACUAACUAAAUCCAACCUAUUAUCACUUAAUCUCAUAUAGUGUCCAAUUGGCAUGAGGAUGUUUAAUCAUCAGAUGCAAUAACUGGGGCCCCUAACCUUCAUGAGAUCUAAAUUUGACUUCUUUACAUGAUAUACUAUAAUUGCUUUGUUAUUUGAGGAUCACGAUUAAAUGUUGUACAGUAUUCAAUGUAUCUUCCAUAUGAUACAUAGUCCUUAAGGAUUAAUUAUACUGUACCUUGUAAAUUCAUUAGUAACCUACACUCCCUUC